UUUUAUAUAUAAUGUUUUUUGCAUAAUUAUAUCACACAAUUAUGCCUCUUGGAUAAGUUACAAAAAAUAUGCAGUAAUGUGUAAUAGUGAGCAAUAUAACAAAUGUUUUGUCUUAAACUAGAGAUCGAGUGAAAAAUAUUUCGAGAAUUGCAAAUUAUGGAAUUUCCAUUAAAAGUCCUCACAGCGGUGGGAUGUCGGCGACCAAUCUCCUGGACCUCAUUAUGUAAACGUACCAUGUACAAUGUAUACACAAUUCUUAUGUGUUUAUUAUUGCUUACCUUCAUGUUACCGCAACUUAUGGACAUUAUCCUGAAUGUCAAUAAUCCCGACGAUUUCACGGAUACCUUUUAUAUAAUGCUGGCCAUGAUCAUCGCUUCUUGCAAGAUAUUCAGCCUGUUGCUAAAUCGUAAAAAUAUUGAAAUGUUAACCGACGCGUUGGUUGAGAAACCGUUUAAACCUUUGGAACCAGACGAAAUUGAGAUUCGACAAAAAUAUGAUAACAAAGUACGGUUUUGCAGGACCUAUUCUAUAAUCUACACAAUUUUGGUUGAGAUGACAUGCGGAUGCAUGAAUUUGACAUCUUUGUUUACGGACUUUCGGAAAGGAAAUUUAGCGUAUAGGGAGUGGAUACCCUAUGAGUGCUCCGAUACAGUGUAUUAUUUCACGUACUUUCGCCAAUUAAUAAGCUUGACGGUUGCGUCCAUCGUGAAUGUUGCUUGUGAUAUAAUUAUUUGUGGAUUUCUGCUGCAUAUUUAUUGCCAGAUCGAGAUCUUAGAAUGCCGUAUGAAGAAAGCCUUGCGCAAUCAAAGCGAGUUGGGUGAAUGUGUACGUCAGCACGAUCAUAUCUAUAAGUUUGCAUACACAAUGAAUGAAAAGUUCAGGGUUAUAAUUGCCGUCCAAUUCAUAGCGAGCAUGCUAGUGGUAUGCUCCAAUCUUUAUCGAUUGGCAAAAACCACAUUAAGCGUAAAAUAUGUUCCACUGAUGAUGUACACAAUCUGUAUGUGUAUGCAAAUUUUUAUCUAUUCUUGGUACGGAAACGAAGUAAAAUUAAAGAGCAUUCAAUUCUCCGAUAAAAUUUUUGGAAUGGAUUGGGUUACAGCAGACAAGAAAGUAAAAGAGAAUCUUAUAAUAAUUAUGAAUCGCUCUCUGAUGCCCAUCGAAUUUUCUAGUGCACACAUUUCAGUGAAUCUAGAUUCUUUCGUGAAGGUUAGGGAUAAAUUGAACAACACUUUAUUUUGCUUCGUUUUGGUUGAAUCGACAUGCGUGUGCAUCGCUCUGACUUCUUUGUUCACGAACUUCAGAACGGGGGACCUAACGUACAAAGCCUGGCUGCCGUUCAACUACUCCUCUUCGGCGUUAUUCUCCCUCGUAUACACUCAUCAGUUAAUAAGUAUGGCAACAUGCGCUCUGGUCAAUCUCGCCUGCGAUUGCUUCAUCUGCGGUCUCUUGCUGCACGUUUGCUGUCAGAUCGAGAUAUUGGAAUACCGACUGAACAAAUCACAUACCUGGAAAAACUUGCGCGACUGCGUACGUCAUCAUGACCUUAUAUAUGACUUUGCUUCCGUGGUGAAUGAAAGAUUUGCGAAGAUAAUCGCUAUUCAGUUUAUAACAAGUAUGCUGGUGGUAUGUUCCAAUUUGUAUCAACUGGCCCAGACAACAUUAAGUGCGAAAUAUCUUCCGUUAGUAUUAUACACUGUCUGCAUGAUGAUAGAAAUUUUUAUUUACUGUUGGUUUGGAAAUGAAGUCAAAUUAAAAAGUCUUCAGAUAAUUGAUCAUGUUUUUGAAAUGGAUUGGCCGGAAUUGAACGACAGCUUUAAAAAAGCUCUUUUGAUGAUUAUGAAUCGAGCAACGAUUCCUAUCGAAUUUACUAGCGCAUAUCUCUUUUCCAUGAAUCUUGAAUCCUUCGUAGGGGUACUUAGAAUAUCAUAUUCAACAUACACUUUACUGCAACGGGUAUAAAACCAGCGCUAAGAAAAUUGUAUGUGAAAUAUAAUAAUUU